AUGCUAAAAUUUACUGGUAAUGAACUUGAAAUUAGAAUUGAUCCAGAAUUAGAAAGUUGGAGAUCUAAAAAUGAGCAACCUUUACGAAAAAAAGGUCAAGAAAGAACCAUUCAUGUUAGUGAUUUUUUAACUGAUACAAUUGGAAGAUUAAAAUUAAAUGAAGAAGAGAUUGAUAGCACAAUUUCAAAUGAAGCUUGUGUUAUAAUUAAUCCUGAGAAAAAUUUUGAUGGAUGCAGGACCAGCUUCUAG